AUGGGUCGCAACCGCCGCACGGAGCAGCCACAGACCCCCAAGGACCCACAUCCGAGCUCCCAACAGGGACCGAUGGAUGGUUUCCUACAAUCCCCACGCGGGGCCGCCGGCAGGAACGAGAACCCGGGCCUAACACCGCAGUCGCUGCGGUCCCCUACCUCGAUGGGGGGAGGUGAAUCCUCCACCCUGGACCGCAUAAGCGAGGAGCUGAGGGCCAUGACGGCUGCCAUGGCCAUGAAAGCCGACCUGCUCACCCUCACCACCACGAUCCAAGAUGCCCUGAGAGCGGAAAUGGCCGGGAUCAGGACAGAGGUGAGCGCACACGCGGGCCGCAUACAGGCCCUAGAACACGUGGUGGAAACUCACACUGCGAGGCAAACAGCCACAGACACUGCCAUUUCCAGACAGGGUGAACUGAUCCUCCACAUGCCCAGGCACCUUGAAGACCUGGAUAAUAGGGGGCGGAGGUGCAACAUUCGGAUCCGGGGGAUCCCAGAACCAGAUGGAGGGGAGGACGUGGAGAAAGUUCUCACAGAUCUCUUCCACACUGUAUUAGGGGCUGACGCUCCACAGUCUUUCGACUUUGAACGAGCACACAGAGCGCUAAGACCACGGUCACUUGAAGAAGGCCCUAGAGAUGUGAUCUGCUACCUCCAUGCCUUUCCCAUCAAAGACAAAAUCAUGCGGAAGGCUAGGGAGCAACCCACGUGGCCCUUUCGAGGCAGCCCUGUCUCCCUAUACAACGACCUGUCUCCACUCACGUUGGAAGCCAGACGGGCACUCAGACCGGUGACGGCAGCACUCUGCGAACACAACAUCACCUACAAGUGGGGGUUCCCGUUUGCACUCCUGGCACGACAUAACGGUACAUGGAAAGCGGCCAGGUGGCCCGAAGACAUCCCGCGGUUCCUGGAGGAGCUCAAUCUACCACCAAUAUCCAUCACCAACUGGGUCCUAGGCCCGCAAGAACAGGCUCCCCGACAGCAGCGAGCCCCACGCAGGCGAGGCGGCGGAUCCCCGUUGGGCAGGCUGCCUCAGCGCCGUCGCCAAGGCCCUGGGCAUCAGGAUGAGUGAGUACCCCAUUUACAUACCUAACCCCGGUCGCUCGCGCUCCUGA